AUGUCUUAUGUACUAGUCGGUGAAAAGGCGGUGGAUGGUGAUAACACUGGCUUCCGCGUGAAAUCCGUCACAUUGGCUGCGAGAAUCCCGCACAGACAUGCGCCGUUGAUUAAGCAGAUACGCACAUGCUACGAGAAAUUUCGGCGGUGGUUGCCUACAGGUGCGCAAUACGUUCCGACGGUGAUAACGUGGCCAGGUGCUGUUGCCACGCUCAGCCCAAAGCCGUGGCUUAGCCUUGACGAAGCCACUUGA